AUGGCGGCAGUCAUCGGAAAAGUGGAUGAGUUUGACGAAGGAAAGGAAACCUUCACGUGCUAUUUGGAAAGGUUGGACCAGUUCUUCAUUGCCAACGACAUUAAGGAUGCAAAAGCAGUAAGUGUUUUUCUUACGGUCAUAGGGCCGAAAUCGUACUCGCUGUUGAAGUCAAUGGUAUCACCAGACAACGUGAGUGAUAAAUCACUGGAAGAACUGAAAACUUUGCUAAAGAAUCAGUACUCACCACAACCUUUGACAAUUGCAGAACGCUUUAAAUUCCACAAAAGAGGCCAGAAACCAGGUGAAUCUGUGAAUGAAUAUGUGGUCGAACUGAAGCGUCUGGAAACCACCUGCAAGUUUGUAAACUUCCUGAAGGAUGCCUUAAGAGAUCGACUAGUGUGUAAGCUGAUCAACACCACAUGUCAGAAGAAGCUAUUAACCGAGAAAGAGCUGUCUUUUGACAAGGCACUGCAGCAGGCGGUAGCAUUUGAGAUGGCAAAUAUGCAAUCUCAAAAAAAUGACUGCCAAGCAAGUCUUCACUCCAAAGAGGAAACCAGCACCUACUGCAAUAAGUGGUGA